AUGUCUUAUAAUUUAUUAACUGUACUUAGCUGAUCACGGAGCUCGUUGAUUAAGUUAUAUUGCUGUGUUUAUAGUCCAAGAAUAGUGAGAGAACAUGGAAGAUAUAUUUCAGUGGUGUAGAGAAGGAAACGCCUUGCAAGUGAGGGUCUGGCUGGAUGAUACGGAGCAUGACAUGAAUCAAGGAGAUGAUCAUGGCUUCAGUCCCCUCCACUGGGCCUGCAAGGAAGGUCACUUGAAGAUCGUCGAGAUGCUUAUUAGACGCGGCGCGCGGGUCAAUGUCACCAACAUGGGCGAUGACACGCCGUUGCAUCUCGCUGCCGCGCACGGGCACCGGCCGGUCGUACAACUGCUUCUCCAAAACCGAGUGGAUGUAAACUUCGUGAACGAGCAUGGCAACUCUCCGCUACACUAUGCCUGCUUCUGGGGCUACACUGCCAUCGCUGAAGACUUGGUGAUGGCUGGGGCGCUCGUGUCGCUUGCCAACAAAGAUGGAGACACACCAUUGGAUAAGACCAGGGGACAGAUUAUUCAAAGACUACACGAGAUUGCAGUAAACCAAGGCCAGGACCUCAAAAAGAUCCAGUUCAAGGAUCAAUCGUGGUUGGGCCUAAAGACACGCAGUCGCGACGCUACCCUCUCGCGCCACAAGGGCAUCAAUAUCAAUGAACUGUCACUUCAUACAAGGAUUUCUGUUACUCCGUCUGGUGAAACAUGGCGCGGCCGUUGGCAAAAGAACGACAUCGUGGCCAAAAUCCUAGCCGUACGCGAGUGUACGCCGCGCAUACAGCGCGAUUUUAAUGAGGAGUUCCCCAAACUCAGGAUCUUUUCGCACCCGAACAUUCUGCCUGUGGUUGGUUGCUGCGUGUCGCCGCCUUCGCUGGUAGUGAUAUCGCAGUACAUGUCCUGGGGCUCGAUGUACAGCCUGCUGCACGGCGGCGCUGGCGGCAGAGUUGUCGUCGACGCAGGCGCAGCUAUUCGGCUGGCUUACGACGUGGCUCAGGGAAUGGCCUACCUACACUCGCUGCAGAGAGACAAGAUAUUGCCUACUUACCAUUUAAACAGUAAACAUAUUAUGAUCGACGAGGACCUAACAGCUCGUAUCAACAUGGCGGACGCGAAGUUCUCCUUUCAAGAGAAGGGACGAUUGUAUGCGCCGGCGUGGAUGGCGCCCGAGGCCUUGCAGAAGCCGGCGGCCAAACGCAACUGGGAGGCCGCAGACAUGUGGAGCUUCGCUAUUCUGCUUUGGGAACUCGCUACUAGAGAGGUACCCUUUGCAGAUCUGUCCCCAAUGGAAUGUGGCAUGAAAAUCGCCCUUGAAGGACUCCGCAUCACAAUCCCGCCAGGCGUCUCUCCGCACAUCUCCAAGCUCAUCAUGAUCUGCAUGAAUGAGGAUCCGGGUAAACGGCCUUCUUUCGAAAUGGUAUUACCUAUUCUUGAGAAAAUGAAACGUUGAUACGUACAUAAAGAAGAAAUGAAACGGUGUAUUGAAGGUAAGGUUAGUAAGAAAGUCAACAGGUACAGAUACAUAUAUGGGGUUAGGGCAAGAGACUGUUUGAGUCAUAUUUCUUUGAUGCAGUAGAAUAUUUCUUAUCAUUGUAUAAAUUCAUAAAUUCGAGAUAGUAACGACGUGUAAACAUUGAGUGUGGUUUCCAAAGUAUUUCAACCGCGAACAAUUAAUAGUGUUAUAAUUAUUAAACAAACAUCGAUGUAAAAUAAAUAUUGCAAUUAGUAGUUUUGUUACUUUUGCAGCACCGCUUUCAUCGUCAAAACGAUUCAUUUAUUCCGAAUUGGCUGUUUUUGUAUAUCAAAUGCAAAAAUAAUGUAACUUAGCAGUAUCUUACUUUAACCCCUUCAUUAUGCAGAAGGGAUUAUAUUUAAUUACUGCCAUCUUAUUCCUUUGCUUAUAAAUAGGCUUCUCUAAAAAUAACACAUUUCAAUUCAUUCAUAUUACCCGACUUCACUCACUGGAUACUUAAAUCUAAAUAAUGCCUUGAAAUAUU